AUGGAGACUCCCGAUGGCAUUUGGUUCUCACACAAUGACGAUUCGAGUUUCAAACCUCAGGAUCUCUUGUCAAACGGCCAAGUCAUGUCUCGAAAUGAAGGUCUUGACGACGGCUAUGAGGAGAGGGGUCGUAUAAGCUGGAAAAAGGAUCCUAACCGCGAUCUUCGACUCAUGGACUGGCUCGAUCAACACCCACUCCAGAGAGAAAUAAUAUUCUCCAACCCUGGCAGAGGGCGUGGUCGGGGUUCGCGGAAACCUGGUGCAAAAAUGAGCAAAAUCCAAUGCUGCAUGCAAGCAGCCAAGGACAUAUUUUCCGUGGAUACAGACCCUUCAAUCCGACAGGAUGUUGUAAAGGAUCCACAACACUUUGCGGGCGCUACCUAUUCCCAUAUCCUCCACAUGAAGACUACCUAUCAACAGUUCAACGAAGAACCAGGGCCACAUUACGCGAAUAUACCCUAUACAGAUUUGGAAGUUGGCAGCGAGGGCUACAAAAAAGUCGACGAGUUGCUGGAAUGGUUUCCGCUUUGGAAACGCCUCCACGUACAUUGGAGAAGGAUCCCGGCGUUUAAUCACCUCUAUGGACAGCAUUCCGCCGACUCAUCGCAGUCCAGCACGCAGCACCCUGCUGAACCGAACGGCGGGCACGUAAAUCGUUCUCAAGUGGUCGGCCUUCAAGAGUCCCUAGAGAAUGUGGUUAGUAAUGGGACACCAGGGGGACAACAUCGGGGAGACGCGAUAAUCGUCGAAGACCUAGAAGGUACGAUAUUCUCACAGAACGACGUCGCUGUAAAACCAGAGGAAGAAGUUGCCGACAAUUGUACCAGGCGGAAACGACAGCGAAAGCGCAGACGCGAGCAAGAGCUGGAAGAAGAGCCGGCACCUUCUGAUAACUCCGCGCGUCAAAACGACGACAUGGUCGCUAUCCGAGAACACGAACGCAGUCUGACCGAACUCGCCGUCAAGCGCCAAAAGCUCGAAAACGAGGCUCUUGAGAAAAAGACUGCCAUUGAGACUCGUCGCCUAGAGCUCGAGUCGGAGGAGCGUCGUCGGGCUGCUGAAGAUAAACGUCAACGCGAGAAGGAACAACACGAGUUCAUGAUGCGUUUGAUGGAAAUGGCAACUGGUAUGGUGAAGAAACCCAACCAGGACACCGAAGGAGAGGGUUCUUAG